GGCGGGGGGGCGAAGGUGCAUGAAGCGGCGGGAGUGGGCGGUGUCCACGGAGACGCGUCAGCCGUCGCUGCCGGUCCCUCCCCUGGCAACCCGAGGCCCGCGGGGAGGGACGCGGCGGGGACGAAGCGGGUCGUUUUGCACGCACGGUAGCGGCGCAGCCGCCUCCGCCAUGAAGCGGAAGAGCUGGGCCGAAGCCCGGCGCCGCGCCAGCCCGCCGCCGGCUCUGAAGAGAACUCGGAGCGCAGCGUCGAGGGCGGCGGGGGGUGAGGAGCAGGACGAGGAGCAGCGGCAGACGCCCUCCACCGCCGCGCCCGAGACCUGCGUGCAGAUCACCGAUCGCCUUUUUUUCGCAAUUCUCUGCCAAAAACCAAAGAGUGGAGCUGCAGAUACCCAUUAUUUCUGCGUAGACAAUGAACUUGUGUAUGCAAACUUCUAUAGAGAUUUUGGACCACUAAAUCUGGCAAUGAUCUACAAAUACUGCUGCAAACUAAACAAGAAAUUAAAGUCAUUUUCAUUGAUAAAGAAGAAAAUAAUUCAUUAUACUGGCUUUGAUCGAAAAAAGCAAGCAAAUGCUGCGUUUCUCAUAGGCUCCUACGCAAUAAUAUAUCUGAAAGAAUCACCAGAAGAUGCAUACAAGCUUGUUUUGGCUGGCAGUGUUUCAUAUCUUCCUUUCAGGGAUGCUUCAUUUGGUACUUGCAGUUUUCAUCUAACUUUGUUGGAUUGUUUUCAUGCAAUAAACAAGGCUUUGCAGUAUGGUUUUCUGGAUUUUGAUGAAUUUGAUGUAAAUGAAUAUGAGCAUUAUGAGAGAGCAGAAAAUGGAGAUUUUAACUGGAUAAUACCAAACAAAUUCAUUGCCUUCAGUGGACCUCAUUCAAGAAGUAAAAUUGAAAAUGGCUAUCCCCAUCUUGCUCCAGAAGCUUAUUUCCCAUAUUUCAGGAAACAUAAGGUCACCACUAUAAUACGCCUCAACAAAAAAAUGUAUGAUGCCAGACGUUUUACGGAUGCUGGAUUUGAGCAUUUUGACCUCUUCUUUGCUGAUGGAAGCAUACCUAAUGAUACCAUCGUUAAAGCAUUUCUAAGUAUUUGUGAAAAUGCUGAAGGUGUUAUAGCCGUUCAUUGCAAAGCUGGUCUUGGACGAACUGGCACACUUAUUGCCUGUUAUAUUAUGAAGCAUUAUCGAAUGACAGCUGCUGAAACUAUUGCCUGGAUUAGGAUAAACAGACCAGGUUCAGUGAUCGGACCACAACAGCAUUUCCUAAUGAGGAAACAGCCAGAACUUUGGAGAGAAGGAGAUCUUUUCCAUCAAAAGUUGAGACGGAACUGUAAAAUGGGUGUAACAAGAAUCGUGUCAGGAGUAGGUCAUAUUUCAAUUAAUGGUAUUAGAAACAGGAGGACAAUCCAAAACGACACUGAACUGUACAGUGAUGAAGAUGAAACAGACAGUAUAACGCAAGGUGAUAAGCUUCGUGCUUUGAAAAGUAAAAGGCAGGCAAAAUCUACAACUGCAUCUCCACAAAAAUGGCUCCUAGCUAUGCUGGUGUCUACACUGUGUAGCAUUGUCAUCUGGUGGAUUGUAUGUGGCUCCCUUCUUCCCAGCCUGCUAUUCUGUCUAGAUGGUUUAAGAAAAUAGUAACCAUCAGGACCCCCUGAGAGAGAGCCACUGUCAGCCAGUCCACCACAAGAACUAGAACAGUAUUGCGUUAAAAUUUCAAAUUGGCAAGCAGUGUUGAAAGGGGAUAUCCAGGCAUGAAGGGGAUACAACUUGAAGACACUUGAUUGCAGUUCUAGGAAGAUGUCUUUGGCUCCACUUAAGCAGAAGAAACUCAUUCAUACUUGUAAAAUAAAACUGGCAACAUGCUUGGCAUACAGUUUCUUAAUUACUAAUACUUCCUCAAGCAAAACCAACAAAAUAGUGUAAAUUCAGACUCAGGUGUAAAUACUUGAGCUCUCUAUUGUAAAGAGGGCUCCCUACCAUAUAUGAUGCAUGUGCAUAAAAUGUGAUGGCAAUCACAGCUGCUGACCACCAGAAGUGAGAAAAUGGUGGGAGUUUUUAAUAUGUAAAUCUGUGUUGUUCAUUCAGAUUGGACUUAGGUCUCCACUUGAGACUGAAACUCUACCACGGAGGUUUUUUACUUAUAGGAUUGGUACUCUCUUGUGUUAACUGGCUAUUCUUUCUUAUUUUAUAUGAAUUUUUUUUUAUGAAGUCCUGGUGUUGAGAACAAAGUAACUAUUGUCCACCAAAGAGUGCUUUAUUUUCAAAGACUGUGAUUUUUUUUAAAUUUUAAUUUUGGGGGAAAAAAAAAAAAAAAAAAAAAAAAGCCAACUGAAAGCAAUUAUCUUGUUUUUAAUAGCGAUAGAUUUUCAGUUGUUCCCAACCACUGGCUCUUUUAUCUAUUUGUAAUUGCUUUAAAUCCAGUAUGAUUGUAAGAAGGAGGAAAAACAUUUAAAGCAGUGAAAUGUCAUUACUCUUUCUUUUCAUAUCAUCACAUCUUUUAGAUAAAUCUUUAGAUUACAAUAUCUGAAAGAUAAGAUGUUUUUGGCAGGAUGUAUUGGUAGAUUUAAUAAGUUACGAAUGUUACUGGCUUUUUGCUUGAAUGUACUUAAUGAGUGCAGCACAUUAAAAAAAAAAAGAAAAAAGAAAAGAAAUAUACACUUCCUGUGCAACUGAAAUUGAUAAUGGAACUCUGGAGCAGAUACAGUUGGGAACAUCUAAUUACAAUGAUUAAAAAAUUAUUACUUACUUCUCAGUUAAAAGCAAUGAAAUUUUUUUUAGCAAUCUGAGAUUGAAAUUUUCAUCCACUGCAAGAUUUUCAAACACAGUGUUUUUUCCCUUCUGCAUUUACAUUAUGAAAUAUGUCUCAAAAGCUUGCUUUGAAGUGAGGCAUCCUUACUUCCUGGAAAUUUAUAGCUGCAUUUCCCUCAAAUGAGAACUGCUGCCACAUAGACUUAGAUGGAAUACAGUUCUCUCUUCGUUUUGUAACUCUUACAAAAAAGAGGAGUAGAAAAGGAGAUCUGGAAUCAUAGAAUCAUAGAAUCCUUAGAGUUGGAAGGGACCUUUAAGGGCAAUGUAGUCCAAUUCCCCAGCAGUGAAAAGGGACAUGUACAGCUAAAUGUGGUUACUCAGAGCCUAGUCCAGCCUAGUCUUGAGUGUCUCCAGGGAUGGGGCAUGCACCACAUUUUGUUGCAACCUGUUCAAGUGCCUCACCAUCCCUACUGUAAAAAAAGACUUUUUCCUUAUAUCCAACCUAAAUCUACCUUCUUUAAGUUUGAAACCAUUUCCUCUUGUCCUGUCACCACAGAGCCUGCUAAAAAGUCAGUCCCCUUCUUUGUUGUAGCUUCCGUUUCGACACUGAAAGGAAGGUGUUCAGACCUUUGGAUCAUUUUUGUGGCUCUCUUCUGGAUGUGCUCCAGCAAGUCUGUGUCUCUUCCAUACUGAGGACUUUGCAUCUG